AGUAAGAGUCUUUAUUUCUAUUUUCGAUUUGGCAGAAUGAUAAAGUGGAGCAUAUUCACAAUUUUUAUAUGGAUUCCAUUUUCUGCUGCAUUCAAGGCGGAACAUGGACACUGUCCCAAUAUCACGGCCGUAGGGGACUUGGAUAUGGAUCGCUUCAAGGGAAUCUGGUAUACCCACUCUAUAUAUGCCCCUCUCUCUAGGAAAGUGCCCCGAUGUCAGUCAACUGAAUUCAUCCACUACGAUGAGCAUUUCUACAAAAUCCAAGCACGUGAACUGAGCAGCCAAACUGAUACAGUGAAGGUGAGAGAAGAGCUAAUUACAAAAAUAUUUCCAUCAGAGGGAAGGUAUAUUCAAGCAACACACAAUAAAGCUUUACCUGAAGGAGCACAGAUCUAUGUCCUGGAAACAGACUAUGACAACUUUGCCAUUCGGUACAUGUGCUUUGAUGCCGUUAAGAUUUUCAGUUAUCAUUGGGCUGUUAUUCAGUUCAGACAUCGUUUACCCAGCUCUGGUAUCAUCUACGUGGCCCAAGAGCUGGCCAAACGGUCUGGAAUAACUAUUUCUGAUAUGAGCAAAGUUCCUCAAGAGUCCUGCCCACGAGAUAGUUAGUUAUGAUAUUAAAAAUAAAUCAGUUAAAAAAACAAAAAAAAAUAACAUGAAAUCUUAAAUUUCAUGGAACAAUUAAAGAUGGAGACUUUUGAGAUCAAUCUUUAAACAUGUGACACCCUUGAGAGUAGUAUUUGAAAUAUCACGUAGUCGUAUUAUGUUA